AUGGCAGGUUCCAAACCAAGCUCAAGACGUCGAGAUCUCGCGGAAGAGAACAAAGCCGGUGACCAUGAGGACAACCCGCGGGAGGGAGCCCUUACUCUGAGAAAGUCUGGCCGGAAGAGGCGCAAGCGGGUCCGCAUUGGGGAAGAAGAGUCUCAAUCGGGUGAGGACGACCCAGGGCGUGAUUCUGGCGAUGGAGGAGAAACCACCGCGCGUGACUCUUCAACCUGCCAUGAUGAGACAACCGGGCUGGGAGCUUCAACUGACGAAGCUCAUGGUUUGGAAAACGAUGACGAGGGACCGGACGGCCCAAGCGACGCUGAGGACGAAGAUGCUCGCGACGUGGAGGAUGAUGAGGAGGCUACGAACGAGGAUGAUGACGAGGAAGAUGCUGACGAGGAUGCUAACGAUGAGUAUGGGGAGGAGGUUGAUGACGAGGAACAGGAGGAGGAUGAACAGGAGGAUGAACAGGAGGAGGAACAGGAGGAUGAACAGGAGGAGGAAGAUGAGGAGGAACAGGAGGAGGAACAGGAGGAACAUGAGGAGGAAGAUGAGGAGCAGGAGGAGGAACAGGAGGCGGAACAGGAGGAGGGACAUGAGGAGGAACAUGAGGAGGAACAUGAGGAACGGGAGGAGGAACAGGAGGAGGAACAGGAGAACCAAGGGGAACGGGAUGAGGAACAGCAGGAGAGAGGCGAGCAUGAGACUGAGGCAGAACAUGGUAACAACGAUGCCGAGUGCGACAUGGAUCCCAACAGCCGUGAAGAGGAGGCUGUGGCUGAGGAAAGGGCCAGACAAAGGGGACGGAUUUUACCAAUUUCAAUGCUCGGCGGCAAGGUCGUAAUGGCGGAUGGAAAAAAGUUGACGACGCACCCUGGAAAGGGUCCUGAGCAACCGAAAAAAAAAGAGACAAAGCAUGCUGCUCGUUGUGAAAAGAAGGGGAGAGGUGCUGCGGCGGUUCAAGAGUUGGAUAAGGGUGCAGUUCGAGAGGGAGGAGUGUUGAAAAAGUCGGGGGGGGGUGUGUUGGCCUGGUUGGAUGACCCUAAUGUGUCUGUGUUCUGCAAGGACAAGGGUGAGGGUACAAUGACCCUUCAUGUGCCGGGCAGGGAGGUGGGAAACAUGUGCGGGAAGGGAGCAAGAAAGGAAGGGAAGAACGAGAAGGGGGCAAACGGAGGUAAAGGAACAUCUCAAAGACAAGAGGGAGGGGGGAUGGGCGGAGUCAAGGCAGAGGGGAUUGGAGGAGUGAAGGCAGAGGUGAUGGGCGGAGUUAAGGCGGACGGGGUGGGCAGAUGCAAGGCUGGGGGAAUGAGCGGAGGCAAGGCAGAGGGAAUGGGCGGAGGCAAGGGCGGGGAAAUGAGCGGAGGCAGGGCAGGGGGGAUGAGCGCAAGCCAGGCAGGGGGGAUGGGAGGUAGCAAGACAGGGAGAACGGGCGGGAACAAGGCAGGGGGGGUGGGAGGUGGCUAUGUUGGGGGAAUGGGCGGAGAUAAGGCAGGGGGAAGGGGCGGGGACAAGGGAUGGGGAACGGGAGGUCCUGAGGCAAAGGGACCGGGAGGAGGCAAUGCAGGGGGAACCGGAGGAGCCAAAGGAGGGGGGGCGGGAGGAGGCAAGGCAGGGGGAACGGGAGGAGGCAAGGCAGGAGGGACCCGAGGAGGCAAGGCAGGAGGGACGGGAGGCGGCAAGGCAGGAGGGACGGGAGGAGGCAAGGCAGGAGGGACGGGAGGAGGCAAGGCAGGAGGGACGGGAGGAGGCAAGGCAGGAGGGACGGGAGGAGGCAAUGCAGGGGGGACAGGAGGAGGCAAGGCCGGUGGGACGGGAGGAGGCAAUGCAGGGGGGACGGGAGGAGGCAAGGCCGGUGGGACGGGAGGAGGCAAGGCAGGGGGGACGGGAGCGAAGUCCUCAAAAGGGAAAGAAAAGGUUGACGAGGCUGGUGAUUCGGGGAAGAGCUUAACAGCUAAGCAACAAGCUGAAGGGAGUGCCAAGGCUAAGGGAACAUCAGGUCCAUCGGGUACAUGCACUGCACGUGCCAGCACAUGGGUGGAGUUUGGUUCGUGCAAGGAAGGAGCUGCUGUGGUUCGUUCCGGGAAUCAACUAAUGCGGAUGAAGGAUGGGGCUUCCAAGGCUGACCUCGCGGCACUGGAAGCACGAUUGAUGACCGCCAUCAACAAGAAAUUUGGCGGGGGUGGUGCUGUUAUCGCCAUGAUGACCGAUGCCAAUGCUGAGUCUGGUGGAAAUGAUGCUCCUGCUUCAUCGCUCACCAAUCCUGCCAAAUCAGCACCGGCAACAUCUGCUCCUGCCAGUCCGUUUGCGAUGGCGAAGGACGUGGUUACCAAAGGGGUCUCUGAUUUCGAGGAGCUUUGCAAGAGUGUGGUGACAUUUAUGUGUUACAACAUCGAGGCCAAACGGAUUCAAUUCUAUCCUACCAUUGCGGAAGCGCUAGACAUUGGAUUCAAGGAGUUUGUGUCGCCGGAAGUUUUAGACGCGCUCAAAAAGCUCUUUGUGCACAAUGAUCCGGGAACGCGUGGUGUGUUUUAUGCCUGUAUUUCAACCACCCGAACCACCAUCAAUGGCACGAUGCGCAAGCAAGCACUGACUGCUUUGGGCCUGGAGAGCAACGCGUGCUACAUCCCUAAGCUGCUCCCGGAUCUGCCACGGCCCAGCGAACUUAUCAAGGCGGAUGCAUUCAAAGCACGCUACUUGAGUGGUACGUUUAGUGUGGUGUCCCCGGAACGAAGAUUGUCGGGCAAGCCUGAAGAAAAUCGCCUCAACUACGAGGCGAUGUGCACCCGUUGCAAGGAAUGGGUGGAGUUCGCGGUGAUGGAGCAUGGAGUGGCGUACGAUAGUGGAAUGGAUGUGUUCGUCUUUCCGAACGAGAUCCUGAUCGACGCCAGCGAUUUUGGCCCUUUUGUUGCCAGGCUGCAGGUAUGUCUAAACUUUUGA